UACAUACAUUGCCACUCUGUCAUUUUACAUGCUACAAGGGACCACCACGUCACUGCCCCCCACACCUCAGUCGCGCGUCGUGUUUCCUCUUUCAAAAAUAUCUAACGAUGACGUGUACCAAAAAAUUUAAAAAAGCGAAAAAUAACUGGGCCCUGCUCUCGUGAAAAUGGAAUGGAAAAUAUCACAGGCCAUACAGAUUGGUGCCACGAUAGGGUCUCGCUACACUACUUCGACUCCUCUAUAUAAUACGGUGCCCCUCUUAAAAAAACCCCCCGAGUGCCACGACAGCCAAACAAAUCUUCGUCUCCUCCUCUCCUUCGCAUCUUCAACCAGUGAAACAGAGUACAUGGGAUGGAGGCGAACGACAUAAUCGCACCGUUCGUUUUGAAGACUUAUCAGAUGGUCAACGAUCCAUCAACGGACGCUCUAAUCGUCUGGGGACAUGCUAACAACAGCUUCAUAGUCAUCGAACCCUUAGAUUUCUCUCAGAGGAUCUUGCCGGCUUAUUUCAAGCACAACAACUUCUCCAGCUUCGUUCGUCAAUUAAACACCUAUGGAUUUCGAAAGGUGGAUCCGGAUAGAUGGGAAUUCGCGAACGAGUGGUUUCUACGAGGUCAAAUUCAUCUGCUCAAGAAUAUUGUGAGGAGGAACCACUGUAAAAAUCAUAAAAUCGAAUUGGGUAUGAAGGAUGAAGAGAUAUAUAAAGAGAUUGCGAGGUUGAGGCAGGAACAGGUGGCCCUCGAGGAGGAGCUACAAGGUAUGAAUAAGCGAUUGGAGGCUACGGAGAGACGACCUCAGCAAAUGAUGGCUUUUCUCCGGAAAGUUGUGGAGGACCCUGACCUCCUCCCUCGUAUGGAACAAACGAGGCAGCAAUUACUCUGUGACAAGAAGCGUCGCCUCAUGAUUUCUCCGUCGUCGUCUUCUUCUUCGUACGGUAUGACCGCGGCGGCGACGAAUUCAUUGAAUUCUGUAAAGUCUGAAGAGGAGGAAGAAGGGAAUCAAGCGGUAAUAUCGUCACCGGAAACUGGUACUGAACGCUUUGGGACUGAUUCAUCGCCGGAAAUGAAUCAAGUAGCAGGUUGGUUCGGACGAGUUUCUAGUCCGAUUUCUCCGGGUACGGGCACCGCGAAUCUUUCGCGGACCCUGAUUACUACCGACUUUGAUGAAAUUAAUAGGAGAGGACAAAUUGGGUAUUUUGGGCAAUUGGCGAGUGCGGUGGAGGGGAGGCCACCGCCGCCUUAUCCAUUUUCAUUGUUAGAAGGUGGCUUUUAGAUUUUGCUCUUGCAUGAUUUAAAUUAUCUUGUAUUAAUUUUGUUCUCUCUUCUUCUGUACAAAAAUUAGAUUUUAAUCUAUGGUUUAUUAAUAUAUAAUAACCAUUUUUCAUA